AUGAUGUCCUUCAGUGGGAUGGCAGCUCAUCUUGGGAGGGGCAAGCUUUGGUCUGAAGGUUUGGGGAGGUAUGACAAAGCUGGUCCGUAUCUAAACCAGGACUAUGAAGGGAUUAAGGCACAAUGCCUGCAGAAUGGGCAGCUGUUCAGAGACCCAUACUUCCCUGCCGGUCCAGAAGUUCUUGGCUAUAAGGAAUUGGGGCUCUCCUCAAUUCAAACUCAAGACAUGGAAUGGAAGAGGCCUCAGGACAUUGUAGAUAGCCCUCAAUUCACCUUGGAUGGAGCCACUAGGACUGAAGUUUGCCAGGGGUCUCUGGGGUACUGCUGGCUCCUUGCUGCCAUGGGUUCCCUCACCCUCCAGGAAAAACUGCUCUACCAGGUACAAAGCUUCCAGGAGGACUACGCAGGCAUUUUCCACUUUCAGAUCUGGCAGUUUGGGGAGUGGUUACAUGUGGUGGUGGUUGAUCUGCUGCCCACAAAAGAUAACUGUCUAGAGUUUGUGCAUUCGGCUGAGAUGAAUGAAUUCUGGACUGCCGUGCUGGAGAAGGCCUAUGCUAAGGUGAAUGAUUCAUAUGAAGCUCUCACUGGGGGCACCUCAACUGAAGGCUCUGAGGACUUUACAGGGGAUGUGGCUAAAACAUACAACCUCCAAACCCCCCCCAAAAACCUACUUACUCUCAUCCAGAGGGCCUUACAACAAGGGUCUCUAAUUGGCUGUAGUACUGAGGUAAGAGAUGCCACAAGGGGCCGGACAGAGGCUGUGACUUACAUGAAGCUGGUGAGGGGCCAUGCUUAUUCAGCGACUGAGCUUAAGGAGCCCAAUAUAUCCUUCUCAUAUUUCUUGCAACAGUUCUCAUACCUGGAAAUCUGUAACUUGACCCCUGAUGCCCUCAGCCAGGACAAUCUCAGCCCAUGGCACAGCACACUCCCUGAGGGCAGCUGGCACAAAGGCAGCAUGGCAGGAGGUUGCAGUAAUUAUCCUUCUGCGUUCUGGAUCAACCCCCAGUUUAAGGUUUAGCUGUUAGAGGUCAAUGAUGACUCAGAUGACGAUGACAUUGCCUGUAGCUAUCUGAAUGCCCUGAUGCAAAAGAACAGCUGUGCUCAGCAGAGUAGGGGUGAGGACAUUCACAACAUAGUCUUUAUUGUAUAUGAGGUUCCACAGGAGUUGCAGGGCAUCAGUAAUAUACACUUGAAGAAGGAUUUCUUCCUUAAGAAUCUGUGCAUAGCCCAGUCUGAAAACUUCACCAGCCUGAGGGAUGUUUGUGUCCAUGUUCAACUACCUCCUGGGGAAUAUAUCAUUGUGCCUUCUACCUUCCAACCCCACCAGGAGGCUGACUUUGUGAUUCGAGUCUUCACUAUGAAAUGUAGCAAACUUCAAUGAUUAGAUUAUAAUCUCACUGCAGCACUGCCUGAUCUGGAGAAAAUUAAUGAGGGUGAUGUGGAAGAAUCCCUUUAGGAAAUAUUUGAGCAACUAGGAGGAGAGACUGAUGGCAGUGGUUACCUGAACAUGGUGUAG